AUGCGCCCAGACGCCGAGUCGUGCCCUGCGCUCUUUCCGAUCGCCUACUUCGGCCACGUUUACUACCAGGGAAUGUCGGUCGGAGAAACGACGCUGGCGCAGCUGGGUUUAACCGGCGUGCCCAUCAUCAACGUGGAAAACGCCUGCUCCAGCGGAUCCACGGCAUUCUGGCAGGACGGCCGGCUUCCGGGCGGGCCGGUAACCGUUACAGCCGACGACAGCCCGGCGCGGUACGUGGGCGGCGACCACAUGAUGGCGGGGUACGCCCUGCGUAUGACGCGGUACAUGGAGGAAACCGGCGCACCCCCGUCCGCGCUGGCUCAGGUAACGGUAAAGGCCAGGCAGAACGCGUCGCUGAACCCCUACGCCCACCGCAAGGAAACCUACUCGGUUGAGGAUGUGCUCAACUCACGCCUGAUUGCCGACCCGCUGACCCUUUACCAGUGCUGUCCGACCAGCGAGGGCGGGGCGGCGGCGGUGCUGUGCGCCGCCGAUGCGCUGGAUGCCUACGGCAUCGACCGCAACCGCGCCAUCCGCAUUGCGGCGGCCACGCUGACCUCCGGCUCCUACAACGGACGAGGCAGCGACCACUCGGCGUUCAGUCCCUACCGCACCGAACCGGCGGCGCUGCAAGCCUACGAGAUGGCCGGCAUCGGGCCGGAGGACGUUGACCUGGUUCAGGUCCACGACGCAGCCACCAUCGGUGAGUUGCAGCAGAUCGAAGCGCUGCACCUCGUGCCCUACGGCGAGGCGUGGCAGGCCACGGUGGCGGGCAGGACGGCCCUCACCGGCGACAUUCCGGUGAACACCGACGGGGGUCUGCUGGCGAUGGGGCACCCCUUCGGAGCCACCGGGAUCCGCAUGGUUCACGAGACGGUGAUGCAACUGCGCGCCGAGGCUGGCCCGCGUCAGGUGGAAAACGCGCGGGUGGGAGUGGCGCAGUGCUCCGGCGCCGGCGACGUUACCACGGUUCACAUUCUGACCAGAUAG